GACAGGAGGCAAAAACCGCAAACCGCAAACAUCCAUAAAUUUCCCUAUCCUCAAGGCUUGCUCCAUGUCAGCACCUCUGCCCUUGAUAUCUGUGCAUUGCCAAUCCUCCUUCUGAUCUUGCGUUCGGCCACUCUUCGCCCUCCUUCAACCUAGCCACCAGUCUCUCCCUAAUUCCCACUUCCCGUAGCCCAACAUGCCGGGCAAGACGCUCCCUACAAUCACCCGCGCCGAGGUGGAACAGCACAAUAGUCGGAAGUCGUGCUACGUGACAAUCGGAGAGCGUGUUUUCGAUGUGACGGACUUUAUCGACGAUCAUCCUGGCGGCGCCGAGUUGAUCCUCGAAUUUGCCGGCAAAGAUGUCAAGGAAAUCAUGGAGGAUGAAGACUCACAUUUCCACACCGAGACCGCCUAUGAGAUCCUGGAAGAAAGCCUGAUUGGUUUCGUACCCACAGAGGCCGUCCUCAAGACUGCCGUGGACUCCUCGCACCCUGACCAGGUCGUCCCGCUACCUGCGACAGCCGAAGGCAACGAACAACUGAAGGCUCAUGGCGUGCAAGCCGGAAACCUCCCUUCCCGACCCCUCUACGCAUCGACAGGCAUGUCCUCAGAAGAUGAUCUCUCAAAAGAGACGGACCUGGAUCAAGAUUGGAAGACACAUAAAUUCCUCGACUUGAACCGGCCCCUUUUCCCGCAGAUGAUCUUCAGCAAGUUUUCAAAGGAGUUCUACCUCGAGCAAGUCCACCGGCCUCGACACUACAAGGGCGGUGACUCCGCGCCAUUGUUUGGAAAUAUCCUUGAACCGCUCAGCAAGACAGCUUGGUACGUGGUGCCAAUGCUGUGGCUGCCUCCUGUCCUCUACGGGUCGGUCCUGGGAAUCAGCAAUCUUCCAAAUCCCCUCAUUGGUAUCGCAUAUUGGAGUCUGGGUCUCUUUCUGUGGACACUGGUGGAAUACCUCUUGCACCGCUUUCUGUUUCACAUUGACGGCUUUCUCCCUGACCACCCGCUCUUCCUGACCCUACAUUUUGUCCUGCACGGGAUUCAUCAUUACCUGCCCAUGGACAAAUAUCGGCUCGUCAUGCCACCCGCAUUGUUCCUCAUUCUGGCCACCCCGUUCUACAGACUCGCGCAUUUCGUGUUCUGGUACAACUGGUAUGCGGCAAUCACGGUCUUCAGCGGUGGAAUCUUCGGCUACAUCUGCUAUGACUGCACGCAUUACUGGUUGCAUCAUCAUCAAUUGCCGGCGUACGUGAGGGAUUUGAAGAAGUAUCAUCUGGCCCAUCAUUAUCAGAACUUCGAGCUUGGAUUCGGUGUGACGUCCAAGUUCUGGGACUACGUCUGGGGCACAGAGCUCAAGUACACGAAACCGAUCAAGUCAACUUGAGCUGUCCCCGGCAGCUUAUGGAAGCCAUUGGCGACAGCCUUUACUUGUACAAUUACAUCUCAGCAUGAUAGAAGGGCAACAGCAUGGACGAUAUCACAAGACGGGGUCUAGACUCGGCGGAGGCGCGGCCUGUCGCUGUUUCGCCCUCCUGAUUGAAUUGUCAUAGACUUCCUCGGCGUUCAGGGCACAAAGACAGGGCGGGCUGGGAAGGGAAAGGCAGACCUCUCAAUUCAAUUACAUACCACCGACAUCUGAGGGCUUGGAUAGGAAUGUACAGCACCCGUAAUUAAUAUUAAUGACUGCACGAAA